AUGGCAAGUCCGGCGCUCGACCUCGAUGCGCUCCAGCGCGCCGUGGACGGGCUGCGCACGCAGCAGGAGAGCGUGCAGCGGGAGCGCGCGGAGCUGCAGAGCAUGAAGGCCACCGUUGAGGAGAACCUCGCCCAGUUCAAGCAACGUGUCAAGCUCAACGUUGGAGGGAGCAAGUUUGAGACGACCUUGACCACGUUGACCAGGUACCCGGAAUCCAUGCUCGGGGCCAUGUUCUCCGGCAGGCAUGAGGUGCCCCCGGAUGAUGAAGGCUAUGUCUUCAUCGACCGAGACGGCAAGCAGUUUGGCACCAUCCUCAACUUCCUACGUACUGGAACCCUUGACGUGCCAUCGUCCACGAAGGCUGCCACUGAGCUGAAGCGCGAGAUGGAGUACUAUCAACUGCCAUUCGAUGGCUGCUCAAACCACGAAGACACUGACACGCCGAUAGUUGAGACAGUGCUUACUCAAGCAGCAGCAACCAAUUACCAUUUGCAGCCACUGGACAUGCGGGCCCACACUGCAAAGGUGCAAGAGAAGCUGCAGGCGAACCCUCGACUCAGAAUAGUCGCCAACAAUGUUUCAAAAGAUGCCCCCCCCUCACUUCAUACCGAAGAGCUGCUGCGUCUGGUGCGACCCAACUUCGCAUCCAAGCCCCUGGAGUUCGGCGCCUUUCGCGCCUUUUCUCGCGCGGAGCUGAAGCCUCUGCCAAAGUCGGCGACCAUCCUCCAGCGUGUCGUCCACGCGCUGCGCGCUCGCGGCGGAGCUUCCUCCGCUCCGGCGAUCGUCAAGGCGGUUGCGGAGGGCGGCUACACGGACGGCGCCAAGGUGCGCAAGGCGAUCAAGGCGGGCGUCACGGCGGGGGCGCUGCAGACGAGUGCCGAGUCGGCCGCAAAGUUCUGGGUCGGCGGCGAGCCAAUCCCAGAGGCGGCGGCCGGUCCGGCGGUGGCCACCGAGGAGCUCUCGCCGGGAGACGCUGGCGGGUCGCCCGUGGCGAAGGGAGACGCGGUCGCGAUCGACUACACGCUGUCGCUCCUCGCGACGGGCGAGAAGGUCGAGGCGGGCAAGAAGUUUUGCUUCACGGUCGGUGGCGGCGACGUGAUCAAGGACAUGCGCCGAGUAGGGCUAGACACAGUGCCGUGGCAGCUCGGGUACGGCAAGCGCGGCAGCGGGCCCGGGGUGCCGCCGUGCUCGGACCUCGUCUUCCGCAUCAAGCUCGUGCGGCACGAGGUCGGGUGAGCCCGAGGGGCGCGAUGUGGCGGGCGCGAUGGUGCCGCGUACCGUAUCUCCAAUAACGCCGAGAGGUUCUCGGAGUUCUCUCUAUCAUGUCAGCAGUCCGGCCGUGACGGGCCGACGGGCGACGGCGACGUGCAAUAUUAUCAUUUUCUCGACUCUUUCGCUCGCAAUUGCAUAA